AUGGAGCAACUCAACCACACCAAGUUUUACCAGUUGGGCAACGGAGGAAGCCUGAUCUUUGAGAGGGACUUGGAUGCCCUAGCUGAGUAUCUUGAGCGCCCGCACCCGGAGUUCUUUGGAGCACAAGUCAACGAUCAGCCCGGAGGAGAACUGCAGUGGGUCAUAGUUGCAGAUCUGAGGGGAAAGAUGGAGCUCCCUAUGUCCGAGAGGAUCCAGUUUUCCAUCAGGGAGAACAACUGGCUAGAUGGACUAGCUCGAGCCCUGCAGGAAGCACUUGCCCGUCUGUGUGGGCAGAAUGUGACUCAGAUCCAGGGAACUUGCUUUGCACACCUUGCAAGGCAUGAUUCCAUAGGAGGGCCAAUGGACCUGUCACCGCACCCAGAGUUGAAGUACCAUGUGGAGCACCUGGACUUUAUGCUGCACGAGACUCGCAAGGAGCUGGACAACUCCCGCGUCUACGCCAACCAGAUGCACCUCCACCAGUCGCAGCAAACCGAGACCAUCAAGAUCCUCGCCAAGGAGUGCAAGACCCUUCGCCAGCAGCCAUCCCUGGAGGAGACUGUCAAGGCACAGGAGACCCAGCUGAAGGACCUGGAAGGAGAAGGUGAAGACAUUCAGGGAGGAACAGCCUACCUGAGUGAUGAUGACGACUUUGAGGAUGAUGAAGACCUGGACUUCCACACUGAUAUGGCCCCUCCAACCCGCAACAACAACCCAGAUGCACUGAUGCAGAUGCUACAGAUGAUGGUAGCAGAUAGAGAGGUUGAAAGAGCUGAGCGACAAGUCAACCUUGCUGUACUACAGCAGAUCGCCCAUAACAACCAAGGCCAUGGAAAUCAUGAUCAUCCCGGAUCCAAGCUGAAGAAUUUACAGAACACUAAUCCUCCCAUGUUCAGCAAGACUGAAGAGCCACUAGACGCAGAUGUCUGGCUCCAAUCAAUGGAGAACAACCCCUUGAGUAAGUCUAGCCGCGCACGCCAGCGCCUGCAGCCGCCGCGCUCAGCUUAUAAACGUGCGCCCUCUGCACAUAACUGCCAAUCUAUCUCCACCACCGUCACCCUCGCUAACGCUGCACCCGCAUCGAGCGUGCAGGAGGAGGUGAAGCAAAGCCUCGUCGAGCAAACAAUGGCCGACGCCGCCACGGCCAAAGAUCUUGCCGCGGCAGCGCUGCCGCCGCCGUUCAAGUCGGAGAACAUCUUCAUGCAGAUCGCCGUCCACCCGGACGGCACCAUCACGCGCCCCUUCGUGCCGUCCGUCCCGGCCUCACUCGACGCGGCCGUCUCCAGCAGGGACGUGCCCCUGGACGCCUCCCUCGGCACAUACAUCCGGCUCUACCUCCCAAACCCCGUCGACCCGCCGCCAUCCGCAAAACUCCCCAUCAUCCUCUACUUCCACGGCGGCGGCUACGUGAUCUUCUCCGCGGACACGGUCUUCUACCACGCCUCGUGCGAGGCCAUGGCGGCGGCCGUCCCGGCCAUCGUAGCCUCCGUCGACUACCGCCUGGCGCCCGAGCACCGGCUGCCCGCCGCCUACGACGACGGCGUGGCCGCCAUGAUGUGGCUCCGCGACGCGGCGCACCAGGAUCCCUGGAUCGCUGCGCGUGGCGAUCUCUCCCAAUGCUUCCUCAUGGGCAGCAGCUCCGGCGGGAACCUCGUGUUCAACGCAGCAGUCCGGACCAGGGGUGUCGACCUGAGCCCCGCCACCGUGCGGGGCGUCCUGAUGCACCAGCCCUACGUGGGCGGCGUGGAGCGCACGCCGUCCGAGGCCGCGUCCGAGGAUGACUUCAUGGUGCCGCUGGAGGCCAACGACAAGCUGAUCGCCCUCGCGCUGCCCCUGGGCGCGGACCGCGACCACGAGUUCAGCAACCCGGAGAAGGCGAUGGCGCCCGAGGCACUGGCCGGCCUGCCGCGGUGCAUGGUCUCGGGGAGCGACGGUGACCCGCUGAUCGACAGGCAGAGAGGGUUCACCGCCUGGCUGCGAGACGGCGGUGUGGACGUGGUCGACAAGACGGACAUCUCCGGGUUUCACGCCGCUGAGCUCUUCAUUCCCGAGAAGGCCGAAGAGCUCUUCGCGGCCGUGCGAGAGUUCGUCCACGGCGGCGGAGGUGACGCUUGA